AUGGCACGUCCGCUCAAGUCGAGGCUGAUCUUCGACCGCCGAGUCCUCUUUGGCCUCUGUACCAUCGUGAUCCUCACUUUCACAUUUGCCUUCCUCUACUCGCCAGACCUGCGACCGAGCGCCGACUGGAUACCACCGCUGUCCUCGAAACCUUCGCCUGUCUUCUCUGCGCCGCCGAAGAACGCACAGGACCCCAACAUCGUCGAACUCGACUACCUCGCCAUCGAGCCCAAUGUCACAGACAAGGUCCGCUCGUACUGGAACAUUCCGUAUGCUGCGACAGCUGGCGGCAAGAACAGGUUUCGUGGGCCGCAGCCAGUAAACAGGACAUACGGCAUUGGGAGGAACGAGAAGCCGCUUGUAUGGAAAGGAGAUCUGGGCAUGUGCCCGCGCAUUCAGAAGAUCGAUGCAAGCCUGAGGAACAGAGAAGACAUCGCGGGCGAGGAUGUUCUAGGCAUUUAUGCCGACAAGACCGAGGACUGUCUGAGCUUGAACGUCUUCACGCCGUUUGACGCUGAAGCUGGCGAUGAUCUGCCGGUCCUGGUCAACAUCCCUGGUGGUGGAUUCCACCUGCCCGGCAGAAGUAACGGCGGCGAGAUGGUGGAGAAGGCUAGGAAAGAGAAGGGGAAGAACGGCAAGCUGGACAAGGGCAUCAUCGUGGUCACCAUGUACUACCGCAACGGUAUCUAUGGCUUCCUCUCUGGCAAGCAGAUUGCCGAAGACGGUGACUACAACAACGCGCUCAGGGACCAGAGGGCUGCGCUGGAGUGGAUCCAGAAGUACAUUCGGUACUUCGGCGGCAACCCUGAUCAUGUCGUCUUGAUGGGUACCAGUGCAGGAGGAGCUUCCGUGCUGUUGCAACUUACCGCCAACGAAGGGGACAACUACCACCCCGUUCCUGGUGUUGGUAGGAAGCCGCUCUUCCACGGCGCAAUCGCUCAAAGCCCCGCAAGUCCCACUUUCUUCACGCCAACGCAAGCUGAGAAGUUCUGGAACGAAGUUGCUGACGGUCUGAACUGCACCGACAUCGCUUGCGUUCGCGACGCCUCUCCAGGUGAUCUCUACUACGAGAACUACCCCAUGAACUUCCCUGGCCGCAAUACACCUCCGCGGUGGAUGUGGGCGCCCACCACAGAACCUGCCGGCGGCAUGUGGACUGAGCCUGCGCCAGCGGCCAUCAUCCAUAACCGAUACGCCAAGGUGCCUACUAUCAUCGGCUUCACAUCGAAUGAGGGCUCGGAUCAGGUCAAGAAGACAACCGACACACUUGAUGAAUUCAAAUCCUACCUUAAGGACCACUACCCGCUACUUACAGACGACGACUUGGACACGCUCGCUAAGACCUACCCGAACGACCGCCAUUGGCCCGACAGCGGAAGAUACUGGGAUGCAGUAGCCAAGGCGCAGGGUGAUAUCCGAUACAUCUGCCCAACCUAUCUCGCAUCUAAUGCUAUGGGUACAAACAACCCCGAUAACGUCCCAACAUACCAGUAUCAGUGGGACGUCAUGUGGGGGGUCGACAUUGAGAACGGCUUCGGCACCAAGCACGCCGGCACAGUCGGACAGGUCAUGGUGCGCCGACACAACGAGAUCUCCGACUACUUCAUCAGUUUCGUCAAGUACCUCGACCCCAACGUCGAGAAGGGCAAGGACACGCCCACAUGGGAGAAGCUGGACAGCAGGAAACGCCGCAUGUUCUUCACUAACAUCAAGGAAGGCGGAAAGCGCGGCGACGGCACAAACAUGCUUGGCAAGAUGCGCAUGUGGAUGGCCGGCAAGGAUGAGAGCAGAGACGCAAACUGUGGCCUCAUCAGAGGCCUGAUGAAGAGAUUGCAGAUGGAAGGUGUUGAGCCGUUGACGCUGGACUCGUGA